GCUGCCGGCAGCGGUGUGGGGCACUCGGGGGGAUGCCAGCAGUGUGGCGCACUCAGGGGGGCUGCCAGCAGUAGUGUGGAGCCCCAGCAGCCACCUCACCAUUUGGCAGCGGUGCCGGUGCCCCGACGGAACACCCUGCAUCCAGCACGGCGCUGCCAGCUCCGGUGCCUUCGUUCUAUGACUCACAGGACUUGGCCGGUGCUACCGCUGCGCUCGGGGCGUCUGCGGCCUCGGGCCCGCGGUUUGACCUCGGCACCGCCCGCUCUGCCCGGGACGCUGAGCCACAGCCAGGCUGGGGGUCCCACCUGUGACCGCCCUGUCCCGGAGCUGCCGGUGCUCGGGGUAUCCCCACCUAACCCAGGGAUCCCCCCCGCCCCGAUCCCUGCUUGGACGCCGCUGCUCGACGCGGCCGUUCCGCCCGGGAACGCGAGGGCUCCACGCCGAGAAGCCGCGGCUCAGCCCGGUACAGCUCACUGAGGGCUCACCGGGAGCUCACCUGUAUGGCUCACCGGCCCCGGUGCCCCAGCUCGUCCCGGCCGUUCAGCACCGCGGACAGCGGCGGAGAAUGAGGCCGGGGAUGCUGCAGAGCCGGGAGAGGGAUCGGGGGGACCGGGGGACCGGGGAAGCAAGGGUUAGCACGGCCCAAGGCACCUGCUCUCACCGGCCCCGGCCCCGCCAUGCCUCUCCGGUGGGCGUCAGAAAAGAACCGGAGUGGUGGCUCCCGAAACCGGCGAGAGCGGGCUCUGCCGCUCCGCCCCUCUGUCCCUCAACCCCGUCCCGCCGCCGGGUGCCCGCUCCCCGCCGCUCCGGUGCCCCCCUCUCCCCCGCCCCCGCCGCCCGGUGCGUGCCCGGCGCUGACGUCAGCCCGGGCUCCCGGACCGAUAUAACCCCCGGCCGCGCCGCCGGCUCAGCUCCCGCGGGACGGAUCGCGCUCGCCGCGCCGCCAGCACCGGCAGGAACAGGGCACGGGCAGAGCGCACCGGGUGCAGAGGGACCGAGGAUGCGGCGGGCACUGCUCACCCUCCUGCUGCUGCUCGCCCGCCCGCCGCCCGCCGCCGCCCGCCCCGCCACCACCGACGGCUCCAUCUCGGCGGCCGGGACCGGGGCUCAGGACCAGCCGCUCUGGCCGCCGCUGGCGCCGCCGCCCCCGGGGCCGUGGCGAGGGCGGCGGGACGAGCCGCCGCUCUCCAUCGACCUCACGUUCCACCUCCUGCGGCACCUCUUGCUGCUCGCCCGCGCCCAGAGCCAGCGCGCCCGCGCCGAUUCCAACCGCCGCAUCCUCGACGCCGUGGGGCGCUGAACCCCAGAUCCCGGAAUCCCCGGAUACCCCGAACCCCCCGUGACCCCGGGGCUGCACCGGCCUCCAGCCACCGCCUCGGCCUCUGCACUGUAGGGCGCUCAGCACCAACACCGGCACGGGCUGAACCCGCCUCAGCUCCAGCGCUGGGGCGAGCGGGGGCGGGACCGGCCCCGGGAGCGGUCCGCACCGAUUUUGUAAUAAAACGUGGUGGAAACCC